ACAUCCUUCCACUCGGAUGCGCUUCCUGCUUCACCAAUUCAUAUGACAACCGCUAAUUCCAAUACUGUUUCCUUUAUUCGACAACCAUCUUCCCCACUACUUUUCCAAUCAUCCAGAUCGCUCACAUUCUUUCCAGUGACCCCAACGCGACCCAGACCCCAAGAUAAUGCUUCGCUGUACUCAGAACAUUUUACAGGUUCUCCAAGGGUUCUCAGAAUUACUUGCCUCAUUGAGGAUUGCGGGAAUUCUUACACACGGUACAGCGCACUACAAAAACAUAUUGAGUGUCAUCAUCACAUCAAUAUUGAACACAAAGACAAACUGUUUUCUUCUAUUAAUGAUUUUUACAGCUGGAAAACUGAGAUGGAACAGAACAGCAUUACGUCAUAUGUGAAGGACACUGCAGCAUACAUAACAAAAGACAAUUGCUGCACCAUUCAUAUUAUAAUUGCCAUCGAUCACACAGUCACCAAACAAAGGAAACAUGUUUAA